UAGAGACAUCUCGAUUUAUUAAUAUUUUAUUGGCCCAAAGUUUGGCAUUACGGGUAUUACAGUUAUUAUGCCUUCCUCCACUUCCCCCUCGCUGUUUCCAGUACAGCGCACCCAAAAUAGCAUUCAGAAAUCACUUUGGUGCCCCACGCCCAUUCGAGAUUUUUGACAACACUGCGUAAAUGCUUCAGAGUCGAACAUUUUUGGCGUGAGGCACCCUCUGCAAAACGCACUGACGCUCCCUCAGCACACGUACAAUGAAUGGGAAAGUUGACGGCGUCAGACGCUCUGCCAAGUGCGGUACUGCAUGUUUCAACAUUUUCAAAGCAUUCAGUGAUUCUCGCCUACCACUAAGGGGAGCUGGCGCACCACUUGUGGUACUCAUAACACACUUUGAGAAUGCAUCUGCUCAUCCAUUUUCUUUUUGCAUGUUGAUCCUCAGAUUUCCACACUCUCGGUUAAGUAUGGGACAAUCAUUAUAAGCGAUAUAAUGUUUUUUUUUUUUCUGUGCAAUACAGUAUUUCCUUUUGCCUUCCAGGUAAGAAACUCAUCAUCACUUGGGAUUUGAAAUCGUCAAUUGGGUUCUUAAAUGCAACUGAUGAAAAGACCCUUUCUUUCCAUUUAACCCUUUCGGCCGGAUUGUUCACCAAGUGGUUAGAAGAGAAGUUGCCGACGAGCAAGUUGGAAUAACUUGGUGUCCGUGAAGGCAUCACGGGCCGUGUAAUCUGUCGGCAGCAGUGUUCGGUCGCAGCCAGUGUGGCAGCUGGGAAUGUGAGGACGCGUCACGAGCGGCUAUUUUGAGGUACCGCGGGGUCCGGAGAGCAGUCACUGGGCUGGGCUCGGCGAAAGGACUGACGCCUCCCCAGCUCGCCCCCGCAGUCAGGACGUUGUCUUCGUCGAAGUCCGGCGUGGUGGACCGACUUACUGAACCUCCAAAUGGUCAGCUGACCGGUCGCGGCUGUUUUCUUUCACGACGGGACUGAAGUGGAAUAAGAAAUAAGAAAAAAAAAAAUCCGAACCCGAAGUGUCAUUGUUAUUCGAGGGUCCCGCUUCUGGGUUAAAUGAGCCUUUUAUCCGCCACGACGGGUUCUCGCCGCACACACCAGCCAUGGAGUAAAAUCAGCCCGGCGUAAUUGCGCACAACCUGCCGGCGAUUUACCACCCCGCAGCGUGUAACUCUUAAUAAAUGAUAGAGGAUACCAUGACCCUGCUGUCACUGUUAGGUCGUAUAAUGCGUUAUUUUCUGCUCCGGCCGGAGACCCUUUUCCUGCUAUGCAUCAGUCUGGCGCUAUGGAGUUACUUCUUCCACACGGACGAAGUGAAGACCAUCGUGAAGUCGAGUCGCGACGCCGUCAAGAUGGUCAAGGGGAAGGUGGCCGAAAUGAUGCACAACGAGCGCUUCGGCGGCUUGGACGUCCCGGACGCCGAGUUCGCCAAGACGUGGGAGUUGAAGAGCCACAACGUCGCCGUGUACUCCAUCCAAGGGCGGCGAGACCACAUGGAGGACCGCUACGACGUGCUCGCAGACGUCGUCAACAAGACCCACCCCUCCAUAUUUGGGAUUUUUGACGGCCACGGCGGAGAGGCUGCUGCUGACUACGCAAAGGCUCACCUGCCGGAGGCGCUGCGCCAGCAGCUGCUAACCUAUGAACGUGAGCGAGAGCGGGACAGGGAAAAGGAUAAAGAGAAGAAUGAGAAAAAGGAAGGCGUGUCCUACCCAUCCAUCCUGGAGCAGCAGAUCCUGAUGUUAGACCGUGCCAUGUUGGAAAAGCUCUCCGCCACGUAUAAUGAAGCAGGCACCACGUGUCUCGUGGCCCUGCUGUCCGAUAAGGAGCUGACGGUCGCCAACGUCGGCGACUCGCGUGGGGUCCUGUGUGAUAAAGACGGCAACGCCAUUCCUCUAUCUCACGACCACAAGCCGUACCAGCUAAAAGAGCGCAAGAGGAUCAAGAAAGCUGGAGCGAUGAUGGCAGUGGGCCAGAAGAGGGAGCCCGUGGGACCACGCUGCACAAUAGUACAUCAUCUCCAUCUAACGACUAGUAGAGGCGGCUUCAUCAGUUUCAACGGUUCGUGGCGCGUGCAGGGCAUUCUGGCCAUGUCCCGGUCCUUGGGCGACUACACCCUGAAGAAUCUCAACGUGGUUAUCCCCGAUCCCGACAUCCUCUCCUUCGACCUGAACAAGCUGCAGCCCGAGUUCAUGAUCCUGGCGUCGGAUGGCCUCUGGGACACCUUCAGCAACGAGGAGGCCGUGCGUUUCGUCCGCGAACGCCUGGAUGAGCCGCACUUCGGCGCCAAGAGCAUCGUCCUCCAGUCGUACUACCGCGGUUGCCCCGACAACAUCACCGUCAUGGUGGUCAAGUUCAAAGGCAAGACUGCCGAGCGAUAGAUCCCUUUCGAGUAGCCGUUUGCAGUACAAAAUUUGAUGAAUUUACCACUGAGGAUUCUGUGUGGAAUUAAUGGUUGAUUCUAUCAAAGCAACGAGGACAAAAUGGAGCGUGAUACUGCAUUGCUGCAACUGGCUAACGCGCUAUUGAUUCAGUCUCAGCUGCAGACCCCCGUUUAGCAAAUGGGCUAGCGAUAUCUACACACAUCACAUUUGAACUUAAAACACAUUUAAAUGAAAUAAAUGACACUUUUUAGUUUCCUUAGGGCCUAUUCUCUCUCUUCCUCACACGGUUCUCCAAAUAAGAGGCAAAAAAGGCUUGACUGCUUACUUUAAACUAUGAAUUUGGCCCUCCCAGAAAACAAAACAUAAUUAAUGUAUAAUUAAAGGUCAGAGAACAAAGAUGUUAUAGUGUCAGUUCAAAUUCACAUUUGCAUUGUUUCUAUGUUAUGUAAUACGUGGAGGUCAUUUCCAGUAUUGAGGUUUUUAUUACACGUAUUCAGCACUCCCCGAACAUACCGAAAGCUUGAGCCACUGGGUUCGAGUUAUUCUGCACCGCAAUUGCCAAACAGCGUACUACACUCCAUACGCAAUGGUGAGCUAUGUAUUGGAAUAUGAGGAUUUCCACGUACAGGAGCGCCCACUCAACUGAACUCUGCAUCGUCAACCGUACGAUUAGGAGGUCAGAACCUGGCAGUGACAGCGGACUGCUGGUCUGGCACGUGUAGCUGAGCACCUUUCUUCCCCUGUGGAUUAACUUUCACUAUCCAGUGUUCACGUAUUCCUUUUUCACUUAGAAACCCGAAAGACAAAAAAGUCUCGUCGCUGCCUGAGUCAUUUGUAGAACCAAAUGCCACACAAUAAAUCAUCGUGAAAUCGCAAAGUCAUAUAUGACGACAAAUGUGCAAGGGGCGGGAACAACAGCAGACAAGACCGAAUGAACAGGAUGUUCGGGUUGUGCGACAUCACCACGCCGGAUCGAGCCAGAGACUGAAAGGUGCCAGAAACUAAAAGCAGAAAGCACAUUCGGAAUCAUAUUUAACAUUUUAAAUUACUGUGUAUCUUUUAUAUAAUCACUUCAAAACGGCAGAAAUGGUUUGUGAAGGGAUUAUGGAGUUAUCAAGAACAAUUUUAACAUGUUUUUCCUCUGACCUUUAAACUACUAAAUGGUUAACAAUGAAAGUCUGCUAUCUUAAUGCUAACAAUCCAUACGUAAUGAUUUAGACAGACUAACAAAUGUUAGCACAGAUACUAUGGUAAUUCUAAACUUUCAAAAAACAGCAACACAUUCAAACAAAGCUAUUGCAGUGCAUCCAUCUAUUCUCUCCGAUCUGGGGGAACGAUUACUAUUUCUGAGGAUAGCGUAAUAAUCGGUUACGAUGUUGAAAAGUGGUACAAAGUACAAACUUAACAUCGGCUGGGAAGCCUACAGCCACACUACUUUGAACAGCUCCUGGGGACAGUCAUGUUGCGGAUCAAUACAAUAUUGGCAUGAAAAUGGCGGUUUCAAAAAGAGAUCACAUUUUAAACCAUCCAUUUUCCAUUAUCCACGUAUCCUCACAAGGGUCACAGGUGUCCUGGCGCCUAUCUCAACUGACUCUGGGCAAGAGGCGGGGUACAUUAAUUGCAGGGGAAUAUAUUUUAAACAUUUAAGAGUCUCUUCAUAUUUAUAUGCACAUAUAAACAAUGCUUUUUUCCCCCCAUUCAUGAUUUAGAAACUAUUUUGUUUUUCAAUCAGAUCAUCUUUUGGGGGGACAGAUAUCAAGAAUAAAAAUGUGGAAUUAGGUAACUGUGCACCGUGAAUGUAAUACUGCUCUUCUUUAUAAAAGUUGUCCAAAUGCAAUUUCAUCAGGAUCUAGAUUAGAUUACAAAAGUUUCAUGUUCAGGAUUCAUGCUUGUUUGUUUUGAGCCAAAAUAUACAUAUUUUUCCUCCUCAAUCUUGACUAAAGCCCCAUCAUGAUGCUUCAAAGUGGCUAUACAGUAGUUUGACUGGUAUUGUUUUUUGCACUAAGGAAAAAUAAAUCCAAGUAAUAUGUCAGCUGUAACAAUGCAUUGUAACUAACGGCAGUAUUUUUAAAUGACCUUAUUUGCAUCACGUUUUCAACGAUUCUUUGUCAGCUCACAUGUUUCAGCUUUUGUAUUUUCUCAUUGUUUCCACUGUUCGGUAAUGUUUGUAGAGCAAUAGAAGGAUGAAUGUGCUUGUACAGCAUGGGACUGCCACGUUUUAUCAUUUUUGAACGUUUUAGUUCAUAAUAACCGAUUGAUGGAUUUUUGCUUUUUGAUUUGUGUUUCCUGGUCACGCUCAAUUUUUUGCUUUUAUUGUAAUUUUUUGCUCUGCUGCUCAUGCAAACGCUUGGAUAGAAUUUCAAAAGGUCAUGGUUAAAUGAGUAUUAAAAUGUAAUAACAUGACCUUCAUGAAGCAAUACGUCUCUAGCGACACAUAACGGUAGCUGGAUGACGUAACAAAUUGUUUAUAGCGAAGAACAUUAGCAGAUACUUUGUACAAUGACAUCCUAAGAGGGAUCAAUUCAGAUUCUCUCAACCCUUAACUGAAACAAAAAAUGGAAUGAUGUGUAUAAUUGCUGCCUUAUUUUUAACACUGUUUUCCAAAACAUGUGCUCCGCAUGACUGUCAUUUCACUCUCUAAUAAGCCACAUGAAAAGCAGAAAUGUCUCAAGGGACAUAAAAAUGUCAGAUGAAUGUAGAUACUGUGCAGAUGUUGGCAUCCUCGUUACUAGCUGCCUAUACGGCCACAAAGAAAGCAAUGCGGAUUGUAUUACAUCAUUAAUGUAUUCUUAUGUCUUUUCUUUGGCUUUUUUUUUGUUGUCAUUCAUUAGGAACAUUGCAAAAUGUUAGUUUGCCAUUUGUAUAUGUGUGCUUUCAUAAACUGUAUGGAUUAAAAAUAAUAUUUUAAGAUGUCAUUUAGGAGAACAUUAAUAUUAAAACGAGAGGAUUACAUGA